UUCUUUUAAAUGUUUAUUUUUUAGGAAACUCUAAUUUAUAUAAUAAAUUAAAUAGAACAAAUUUACCUUAAGAUGAUAGAUGGAAAAAUUCUAAUAAUAUAGCUUUGCCUGGUUGAGCUUCUUAUGAAAUAUCAAAUUCUUUAGGUAUUGAUAAAUUAAGUAAAUAAUUUUAUUAAGUACAUUUUAGCCAGCAGCUACAAUAUGGAUUAAAUUAAAACCUAUAACCAGUUUUAAAGAUUCUCUGUAUCAGGUUGUAAUUCAUAUGAAAUUGAUAAUAAAUUCAUUGAACACUCCAGAAUCAAUAAGAUAUCUUUUGGGUAUGGUUAAAAAUGAGAUUUCAAAAAAAAUAAUCAAACGGCAGGUCCUAAAACAUAUAAUCAUAAAUCUGUUUUAAUAGAAAUACAAAAUUAAUAGAUAAAUAAUUGUAUUCAACACCAGUAUGAAUUUAAAAUAGAAAAAUAUUAUAGAAUUAAUUUUAUUAAAUUAUAUUAAAUCAUAAAUGCAUUUAAACUAGAAAACAAGUUAGAAGCCCAUACAAAAAUAAAAGAAGCUUUUAAUAAAAAAAAUUAUGGGAUGGAUUCGUCAAGCAUUAAAUGUAAGAGAGAUUGGAUUUCAUCCUUUAAUUUUAUGUGUUUCUAUAAAACCUAGUGUUAAUCAAAGAUGUGCAACACUUUAGAGUUAUCCAAAUUAAGAUUUAUGGAAGAGUUUACAUACACUAAAAGAGCAAGAAUUACUAGAAUAAAUUAAAUAGGAAGUAUAUGAGAAAACAUUUAAACUUAAAGACAUAUAUGAUAAUUCUAUUAUGUAAGAAUUUUUAAGUAGAAUUAAAAACAACUUUGAUUUUUUUUAAUUCUACAAGAAGACAGAAGAAAUAAAUUUAGAUUCAGAUGAACAUGGUUCAAAUUCAGCUGAGACAAUUUAAAAUAUUUAAAAAAAAAAAGUAAAAAGAAAUGAAAGCGAGCCUAAAUAAUUGCUUAAAUAAAUAGAAUUAUGUAAUUCAAAAUCAGGUUCUAUAGUUACAAUUCAGAAAUAGCAUUUCCAUAAGCUCUCUUAACUAUUUUAAAAAAUUUCUUAAAUUCCAGAAAAAUUAUAAUCUGGAGAAAUGAAAUAAUUCAAAAACAAAUUAUAGCAAUUUUUAAAUUAUACUGAAAAUCUUUAAAUUAAGAAAGUAUGUAUUUAGAAUGAAAAAUAAAUUGAAACUGAACCAUCUGCUUAAAAUGAUAUAACUAUUUCAGAAAUAUAGAUUGAAUAAUUAAGAAAUCAGAUAUUAGAACAAACAAAAUAGGAAAUUAAAACAAUAGAACCAGGAAUAGACCUCUUUAUACCAGAUUAUAAAUAAGUUUCAAUAAGCAUUAGAGAAGAAAUGAAGUAAAUUGAGGAAGAUUACUUUUCAGAACUAUAUUAUUAAAAGUUAAAUAAUCCUGAAAAUAUAAAUUCAAAAAAUAUUUUGAUUUGGUGGAGAUAAUGCUUUGAGCCUAUAGUUUAUGAACUCUUAUUAAAGCAAAUGGUAAAGACUGAAUGA